AUGCCAUGUUCAACAGAGGAAGCACUUGCUAGGCUUUUCUACAAUGUCUCAUCCUCCUUGCACCUUCUCCUGCUCUUCCUCUAUGUCUCCUCCAUUGUUCUUGCCAAAUUCUUCUACUUUGUUGGCAGCAACCCAAUUUUCCCAAGAAACCAGAAUGGAUACGAAAACUAUGUGUUUUCGGAAGAAGAAGAAGAAGAAGAAGAGGAAGAGGAAUUAGAAGCAGAAAGGCAGUUUCAUGUUCAUGGUCAUCAGAGCUGCACAGAAAAUGAUCAUGAUCUGGUAGCUGACAUCAUUCUUGGCGGUGAAUCACUGAUGUUUUUGCCGAACAGCAACCUUCAGAGCCAGCAUCAAACAAGUUAUUCUGAAGAUCAAUUCAUUAGCGCCCGUGAGAGCUUAAUAAUUGAAGACCAAGAAGAUGAAUCUUUGCAUGGCUCACCACAAGUUACAGAAUCUGAAUAUUAUGAUCAUGAUGCGGAGGAAAUCCCAGUGAAAGAGACCGUUUUGGUUCAAAAUUCUCUCCAAAAUGAUCAAGUGUGGUCCACUGCUCCGAUAACUAUAGACCUACGCAAAAGUGACUUGCGGAGCAAUGCCAAAAAUGGUGACGAACAUAUCAAGCAUCUACGUAAAUGUGAGAAACAGAACACUGAAAAAAACAAGGCAGUUCAGACACAUUUGCCUGGUGAUGAAAAUUGUCUAGUGUUUAGACCACACCAAUUGGAGACCAACAAGUUCCAAGUUCAAGAAAAUAAAGAGGAUGAGAUUUUUGGUGACUCAACUGUUGGAUCAACUUCUAAAAGCUCUUCUGAAUGGAGAAGCUCAAUUAAUUGCAGGGACUCUGCUACAGAAGAUCCAUUUUCUUCGUCGUCCCGGAGAAGCUGCCCCAAGUGGGAGUCUUACACAGUUUUUCAAAAGUACGAUGAAGAAAUGAUGUUCCUAGACAGAAUUAGUGCCCAAAAGCUCCAUGAAACAGAAUCACUAAGGUCUAUUCAAGUUUGUCCAAGAUCAAUUUCGGAGAGGAUAGUUCAAAAAAUCGCCAUGGUAACAAAAAGGCCAUCGGACGUACGUCACAACCCUUAUCAUGAACUGGAGGCUGCUUAUGUUGCUCAAAUUUGCUUAACAUGGGAAGCACUUAAUUGGAACUACAAGAAUUUCGAACAAAAAAGAGCGUCACACGGUGAUUUUGAUCCCGGCUGUCCUGGCCAAUUAGCUCAGCAGUUUCAGCAAUUCCAAGUUCUUCUGCAGAGAUACAUAGAGAAUGAACCUUAUGAGCAGGGCAGGAGACCAGAGAUUUAUGCUAGGAUGAGGCUUUUGGCACCAAAGUUACUGCAAGUGCCAGAAUAUCGAGCUUCAGAAGAUGAUGGUAAUCAAAAGGAUGAAGGUUUUGGCUCAAGAAUCUCGUCAGCUGCGUUUUUAAUGAUAAUGGAAGAUGGAAUCCGAACGUUCAUGAAUUUUCUCAAGGCUGAUAAGGAGAAACCGUGCCAGAAAUUAGCAUCCAUGUUUAAAAGGAAACGAAAAGGUUCAGUUGAUCCAACUCUUCUCCAUCUGACGAAGAAAAUUAAUCAAAAAAAGAAGAUGAAAGUGAAAGAUCUUCGGCGUUCUCACAAAUGCUUGAGAAAAAGAAAGUUGAAGGUGGAGGAAGAGAUGGAGAUACUGAUGGGUCUAAUUGACCUAAAACUAGUUUCAAGGGUUUUGAGGAUGACAGAGUUAAGUGAAGAACAAUUGCAUUGGUGUGAAGCGAAGAUGAGCAAAGUGAGAAUAAUGGAUGGGAUAUAUCACAGAGAUUCCUCACCACUUUUCUUCCCUGCACAAUGA